CACCAAGGGAUUAUAAGCCCUUGCUAUCACUACCAGUACAGAAGUUUAUAGCUAGCUAUAAGAUCGAUGGCGUCCAGAAUGAAUAGUAAAGAAUCGCUCUACAAGAAGAGGACACUGGGGAUGGCUAACAGGGAGGUCAGGGCAAAACUGAAGUCCCAGCAGAGCAAGACCAAGCGUGAUGAUCUCCUGGCCUCAAAGAGGAGGAUUCCUCUGAGUAUCAUUCAGGAGGAAAAAUCAUCUCCCAAGCCCAAGAAGGCGACGACGAAGUCGCAGGAAUCAGAGCUACGACUACAGAAGCUUAGAGAAUGGAAGAAAGCAAGAGACGAGGCUAAGAAGAAAUCUCAGCAGGCCAAGAAACCGCUUGUACCAACUACAACUAAACCAAAAGCUCAUAACAUCUUCAACCCCAAGCCAUGGGUGUCGACGACCACCACAACUAACAACUCAUUCGGCAAAUCAAAAACAAUUCAGAAAUCGGAGAAACCUGUUGCUAAGCCUAUGCCCAAGCCAGCUGCUGUGAAAACUGUUCGACCUGCUGUUAAAUCGACAAGACUGGCUGUAUCUGUAGCCAGCACUAAAUCAACUGCUUUGAAGACCAUCAAGCCAACAACUAAACCACCCACAGCCACAACCAAAGCUCCAAAGAAACUUCCAGUUAAACCAAAAGAAGACACCUCCAAAGCUAUGAAAUUGCGCCCUCAAACCAGAAGUAUGACAAAAUCUGUCGUGUCUAAAGUCAAGGCUGAAUCUAAGAAGAGCUGCUCUACAAAAAUCCGAACUAACUGUGGAAGCAAGUUGAAGAGUCCCCCUACCAAGUCGUCAAAAAGGACUGUCACCACUCGUAGCGUUUCUAUGGUGGCAACCAAAAACACAGCUGAAAUGAUGGAUAUCACAGUUGAAAUGUCUAAUCCAGCACCUGAAGAUGAAUCUCUCUCGCAACAAAUCACGCCCCCAAGGACUAGACGCUAUGAUCCGGUACGCCCCUCCCCUUUACUACGCAGCCACUCAGCAAGUGUGAAACGUCGUGAAACACAGCUGUUUUUAGGACCCUCUCCCGUUAUAGACCCUGCUUGGAUGCCUGGACAAAGAAAUAACUUCAAGAGUUUUGUGCAGCCCAAUUUCGAUGACGAUUUUCGCAGUUUCAGUCCAUUUAAAUUCGGAGGUUCCGACAACAAUUUUCAAUUCACUUUUCGUAAACAGCUGUCCGAGACGAUGGCGGACUCGCUGGAGGAUGACUUGAUCCAAACACCAGUAACACCAGAUUCUCGAAUUGUGCGUAAGAGUGUUGGUAGUGGUCGUAAGGGCUCGGUGAAAAGGAAUGUCAGUAUGGACGAGGGUGCGAUGAUUGUGGAGGUGGUCAACGAGGAAGCCAGUGGAGAGGAGAUGGAGGCUGGGGCACCUGCACUUAAGGACAGCUCCCCUGAGGUGACAGAGCCACACAUAGACAUUGCGUAUUUCAGGAAGCUCCACUCGGAUGUUGUGGCCAGUCUGAGCUCUCUGUGUGAGAUGUGGGAGGGUAAAACCAGUGCUCUGGAGGACAACCAACCUGGCCCAAACACGGAGGAAGUGCUGGGUCAGAUGCGUACUACUGUGUGCCAGGGUAGACUGCUGAUGAGGAAGAAACUGGCCCAGUACUUGGGCCUGGUGAGCAUUGCCGAGACACAAAGUGGAGAGAGGGAGACCACCUCGCAGGACCUACAGGGUUUCUGGGACAUGGUGUAUUUCCAAGUGGAGGAUGUCUACAAGAAGUUCCAUGAUCUAGAGGCUUUGGAGAAUAAUGGGUGGACAGUCAAGGCCCCUACCCCUAAGAAGAAGAAGGCCACAAAGAAACGAGUGGCUAAGAAGACUACUGCUGCUUCUGCUACCAGCUGUACUGAGGAGAGUGAGCGUUUGCAGGCUGCCAGGGAGAGACGAGAGGCUCAGAGAAACAAAUUGAAGGAGAUGAGAAUGGCUGCCAAAAGAGCAAGAGAGGAGGCCACUAUUGUGCAGGAGGAAGGCCAGCAGGAGGAAGAGAAUGUCUUCACCACGCCCAAGAAAUCAAGAAUUGAUAAACUCUCUUCCCCCAAGAGUGGCUCUGCAUUUAAGAAUGGCCGUAGACGAUCUCUCCGUGUCAGAAACAGAUCCAUCUUCUCCCCGUGUGUAAGAGAGGAGACUCUUUGUGAUGCCCCCUGCAAUGACAUUCUUAUAGCACCUUUGAUCUCAUUUGACUAAACUCUGUUGUAUCGUUUUUUUGUUUUGUUUCCUUUGUAUGUGUACUUGUCUACAUUGUAUUUACUUUACUUUUAUUAUGCUGGUGUAAACUUGAAACAAACUACACUCACACAUCGAUCUAUAAUUAAUUUUCAUAUAAUUAUA